AUGGCGAACGGCAACACAGAGAAAGCAUCAGGAGCCUUCAAAAUACCAUCGUGGAGUUUGAAAGGUUUGUGGACUUCGUCUACACAGACAACUGCGCCUCCAACACCGCCAACACCGCCAUCGCCGCACCCGCCGCCCAACAAAUCCAUUGUCAACCAGGACAGUAAGGAGAGCCAUUCCGCCAAACCCAAAAAUUCAAAGGAGCGUGGAACUGCCACCCUUGCUGGACUGAUACCGAGCAGUCUGUAUCUGCGCGAUUCCCAAGUCGUUAACAAGUGCUUUUGCUGUGAUACCAUCUUGACUUUUCCUAACACCGCCACCAAAUACAAAUGCUCGAUAUGUCACACGACUAAUUUUGUCGCACUUCGAGGUGGCGAGGAUCUUGAUUCACAUAGUCUGCCUGGUUCAAUCUCACUUCAGGACGUCAAUCGUAUAGCGGAAAAAUGCUUUGCAUAUGCGUUAUCAAACGAAGGCAAGGAGAAACCUUUGCGUGAUAUAUUCCAACAAUUAUCAACAUACUUGUACAGUGGCUUCAAAUCACAUAACAUUCUCAACGACUCUUUCAAGAAGCAACAGGAUAUCCACCGGCUGCGUCGUCAUACGGCUAGUAUAGACUAUUCGGAAAUCCGGGAUAUGUUUGGCCUAUUGAGUAAAUUGCCCACAAAGAGGCCCCUUUAUUCCGCAUUAAAAGGUGCUAGCGACCAGUUGAAAAGAAUUCUGCCGCCUUCAAGUAAUGCAACGCAAUACCGAUGGCUUUUCAUACUACUAGAAAUUCCUGUUUUGUCCCAUGCGUUAGUGCCCCAUCAACAACCACAUGCGCGAUCAAUGAGCGGUGACCAUGAUGUAAAGACAUUGUGCUAUGAUAUUUUGAAGCGGAGUUUGGGAGUACUUUCUUGCAUUGACGAUUCAAAAGUUAUCAACUAUUUUACAUCCUGGAUCUCGCAUUAUAAUCAUGACCAGUUCAUCCAUGAAGUGGACCUUAUCAAUCUUUACAUUACAUUUCAGUUGAAAAAAUAUUUCUAUUUGGCAAACAACCCUCAUAUAAAGCUACUGCUGACUUCCUCACCCAAUAUCCAGGAACCUGAUGACUUGGAGUAUUUUCAGAGUGCAAAUUUGAAAGAUCACAUUGAAUCUGGGCCUACCUCGCAAGACUUGCCUGGUUUUCACCAGGUACCAUCUCCACAGCAUUUCAACGAAUCGAACGGCAAUAACAAAUCCAAGAACGGCAAAGACUCAAAAAUCAGGGUGCAACAAUAUGGCAAUGAUUGGAGGAUAGUCUCAGCACUGAAGGUACUUUCGUUGUUCUUGCGGGCAAAUAAGAUGAGAGACGACAAAAUUCCAAUUUCAGUAUUUUACAACUCACUUGUGGACUAUGUCAAUAUCAAGUUGGAUUUUGACUCUUGGCAAAGUCAAAAGAAGUUGCAUACAGCACAUAAUUGUAAAGAACCAGAGCUCAAAGCUAUCAUUGGGUACAUCCAUGGCACAAGUGUCAAUAGUAGCUUAUUCGACGAUGCCUUGCUAUACAUUUGCCAAUACCCCUUUCUCAUUUCGUUGGGAAGCAAAAUUUCAGUGUUGGAGUAUGAGGCACGCAGACAAAUGGAGCGUAAAGCUGAAGAAGCUUUUAUUAACUCCUUGGAUAAAAGGGUUGUGAUAGACGUGUAUUUAAGAAUAAAGGUUAGAAGGGAUCACAUUGUCCAGGACUCUAUGAAGGCGAUUAAGCUGAAUUUAACCAACUUGAAAAAGAGUUUGAAAGUGCAAUUCAUCAAUGAGCCUGGGGUAGAUGCCGGUGGUCUCCGUAAAGAAUGGUUUAUUCUACUUACUAAAGAAAUUUUCCAUCCUCAAGCUGGAUUGUUUCAUAAUGUGGAGGAUUCCAAUUUGUUGUGGUUCAAUACGUUCCCGCUAGAGGAUCCAGAAAUGUACUUUUUAUUUGGAGCAGUGUUGGGUCUUGCUAUUUACAACUCCACUAUUUUGGACUUACAAUUUCCGGUUGCGUUGUAUAAGAUAUUGUUGGGCAAAUCGCUUCACAAGGGAGAUUACAAGCAGUUGUAUCCAGAGUCCUACAAAAGCCUUUCCCAAUUGAAGACAAUGUCCUCGCACCAGUUGAAAGAAUUGGAAUUGACUUUUGAAGUGACUUUGAAGGAUGCUUUGGGGAAAGUCCACACAAGAGAAUUGAUUGUCAAUGGUGCCAGUGUAUCUGUUACAAAGGAAAAUGUCGACGAUUAUAUCAGCAGGUACAUGAAGUUUUUUUUGAGAGAGGGCAUUCAACCGCAAUUGGACCCUUUCGUUGAAGGGUUUAACACCGUGAUUGCGGGAAAUGCCUUGUCGUUGUUCCUGGAAGAGGAGAUUGAGCUUUUGUUAUGUGGGAGUGAUGAUCACAGAAUCGAUGUUGAUGUGUUGCAGUCCAUCACAAAGUACAUUGGAUGGCCAACAACGAACGAUGCUGCCAACUCAAACAUAAUCAAAUGGUUUUGGGAAUACCUUGCCGUUUUGGGCAACACACAACGCAAAAAGCUUCUCGUGUUUGUGACUGGCUCGGAUCGAGUUCCAGCAACAGGAAUACAAAAUUUGCCCUUCAAAGUGAGUCUUCUUGGACACGGUUUAGACAGUGAGAGACUCCCCAUAGCACACACAUGUUUCAACGAAUUGGCUAUCUACAACUACAGUAGUAAGGCAAAGAUGAUUGAAAAGCUAAACAAAGCAAUCAAUGAGAGCUCUGGCUUUGGUAUCAAGUAG